AUGGAUUCAAUAUGGCAAGUGAAACAACAAAAGGGAGAGAUCAUCUUACCAGUUAAUGCGGCCGGAACAAUUCGACAGACCAAGUUUAACAUCAUUGAUGGAGUGAUGAGAUACAAUGCAUUGCUUGGUAGGCCUUGGAUACAUGAUAUGAGGGUUGUACCGUCAACCUUGCACAUGAUCUUUGAAGGAGGAAGCUGGAGCGGUGAGCCAGAGAAAUUUGAAACUGGAAGGGAAGAUAUUGCUCUAGAAGAAGAUCUGUAUCAGCUUCCAAGAUUUUUUGUAGUUCCAGAUGAUUUGGAUGCUACGAAGUCAACCAUAGAAGAGCUCGAACAAGUGGUUUUACAUGACUUGUAUUCCAUCGGAUGUUACUACUCACAAAUUGAGUUUGGACCCAAGCUUUCCACCGGUGAAGCAAAAGUGGAGGCCUAUUUCAGAGGUCAAGAACUGGUUUGUGAAGGAAGAGGUAACGGUUCAAUCCGCGAGGUAGAAUAUCCUGAUUGGUUUGCAAAUGUGGUAGUAGUGCCUAAAAAGGGUAACAAGUUUAGAAUGUGCAUAGAUUUUAAAGAUUUGAAUAAAGCUUAUCCGAAGGAAUCUUUUCCUCUGCCUUACAUUGAUCUAAUGAUUGAUGCAACGAUAGGAGAUGAGAUGUUAAGUUUUCUCGAUGCUUACUCUGGGUAA